UGGUUUUAUGCGAGUGAGAGGGCGGCGGUGAUUGGCGGCCGGAGCGUUUUCUCUCUGUUAAUGGCAUACUCGCUCGCAAAAGGUGCUGUUUUGUGGUAUUCAGUCGAGUCCACGCGUGAUUUCUUGUCGCGGAGCAAACAGCCAUAAAAAUCUGAAUAAUCGCGUGUGGUAGCUGGUGUGGUGGGAAGUGUCGGGGGAUGUGUUAGUGGUGAGGACGGUGUGGUGGUGUGGGUGGUGGUGGUGGUGGUGGUGGUGGUGCGCGGCAGCAGCAGCAGCAGCAGCAGCAGCCACCAGCAGCAGCAGCAGCAGCAGCAGGCCCGUCAGUCGCUGCUGGCCUCUUGGCUGUGACGGUGGUGUGUGUGUGUGUGCCGCUCCGUCUCGCUCCUCCUCCACUCGCGCUCCCCCCCUCCAAAAAAAAAAAAAAACAUUUUCCCCCUUCCCCCCCCCCUCAUUUUUGGUGCUGCUGCUUCUCGUGGGGCGCCAAAACCCCCUCUCUCUCUCCCCCCCCUGGUAUACGGGCCGCUACGGCUGUACCUGCUGCUUCUUAAGAGUGCGUGUGUGUUUGUGUGGUGGUGUAAAGUGUUUGUGGCGGCCAGCAUGGAUGACCAGUCGCGGGGCAUGAUGCACCCCACGUCGCAAACGGGCAUGCUCAUGCCCCAGCACUAUGGCAUGGGCGGAGGCUCGGUGGACCCCGGCCAGGGGACCACCACGCCGGACAGUGAGGGCCGUAAACAGGACAUUAACACCAUCUUGGAGCAGAUCAUGAACAUCACGGACCAGUCGCUGGACGAGGCGCAGGCCAGGAAACACACGUUAAACUGCCACCGCAUGAAGCCUGCGCUCUUCAGCGUCCUCUGUGAAAUCAAGGAAAAAACAGGUAAGAAUAAUUUGUUGUACUUUGCUGUGAAGUUUGAGGCAGGCAUGUUUAGUGGUAUCAAACUGGGAAGUUGUGGGCGAUGAGUCGCAAUAACGUGGCUAAAAGUAACUUGAC